AAAAUGACUGAUUUCCUGUGUGUAAAAAGGAGAGAAAAAGGAGACAAAACGACAAGUUGAUUCUUUAAGUGUGUCAUUGAGUGAGACUGUGCCUUGUGUCUUAUUCUAGUUCUCAGAGCAUGGUUGCAGGGGAUGGUGCAAACAGAACUAAACUUCUAAAACAAACCUGACAACGUGGUUCAUCCUGGAAGAUCUUAAGACAAAACUCACUUGUCACACAAUUUUGUUUCCCACGUAAUACACUCAGCACACUGUCGUGAAGGAAACCAAAGACGGGAGAAGACGAAACUACACGAUCUUCAGAAAUCUUAAGGCCUAUGUUUCAUCAUCCCGGUCUCAGCAGUUCCUGUUUUCCUCUUUUUCAGAACAAAGAACAAACUGUGGUACUUUGAGUUUGGAACUUCAGAGACAUUCUCCGCCACGUGUAAGAAGCUCCACGACUUUUUGGAGGUCGAGCAGACAAAGUGUUGAUAGAUGGAGGAGAUCAUGAGAACGUCUCUUCUUACAAAAGCACAGCUCAACACAGAGUGUGACGGCGUUACCCUGGACCUCAGCACCAUCUCCCUGGAAGGCAUUGCGAUUCUGAACAUUCCCAGCAUGCACGGCGGCUCCAACCUCUGGGGUGAGAGCAAGAAGAGGAGGGGACACCGGAAGGGAGGCAAAAAAGGCCAAGAGAAGAGGACCCCACUGCUCGAUCCCAAGGAGCUCAUGUUUGCUGUUCAAGAUGUUUCAGACCAGCUCCUGGAGGUGGUGGGACUAGAAGGAGCCAUGGAGAUGGGUCAGAUCUACACGGGACUGAAGAGUGCCGGAAGACGUUUGGCUCAGUGCUCAUCUGUGACCAUCAGAACCACCAAGUCACUGCCCAUGCAGAUUGAUGGAGAACCUUGGAUGCAGACUCCCUGCACUAUCGAGAUCGUCCACAAAAACCAGGCCCCUAUGCUGAUUGGCCAUCCUCAGAGCCGCAGCUGUUUCUCCUCCAUCAUCAGAAGAACUCACGCUGAGAGCAAAGACUGAUCAUCACCAAGACCCUCCGAGCCUUUUCCAAGAUGGCACGAGCGGUGUUGUGGAGGUGACCUCGGGUCAAUCGUAUCUGGUCCGAUUGUCGUAGAAGUUGGCGGAGUCUCUGAGGAUUUUGACGUCUGAUUGGUCGCUCAGUGUUCAAGAUCGUACCGUAGGUUCAGGUUUGUGUUGCCUGCAGCAUGAAGCGUCAGUUCUGGAGUGAAGUCCUGAGUCAGAUGGUGGGACUUCUCAUGAUAACGUUGUACAUUUGAUCUGUUCCUGUAAGUUUUGUUAAAGAAGGCCUGUAUUUAUUUUUCUUGUGAUUCGUGCCACGUGGAAUCAGUCCAAAAGAUGAAUGUGAUAUUUUUCUAACAUAUUUAUUUCUAUUGAAUUCGCUGCUGUUGGUGGCGCUUUUCAAGUAUCUCCUGACGCAUGAUGGGACAGCAAACGCAUCACGUUGUCGCAGGUCAUAUAUCCAGUUUGCAACCAGUCUUUGAAGAGUGUUUUUGUAGGAUGUUUUCGUCAAGUUCAGUUCUCUGCAGAUGUUCUAAGGCCACUGUAAGCUUUUGAUCCAGGAUGACGACCUCCAGUCCAUGUUCAAUUCCCAUGAGCAAAACUUUUUCAACCCUAUCUGAUUACGUUGUUCCCACCUUAAUGCCUGCUCCACUAAUCUAGCUGUGAUUAUAAUAGACUUUCUCGAUCCGAUACUCAGGAUCUGUAUUGGUCCGAUAGCGGUCAAAAUUUCAGGAUCACACAUAAAAAUAACAUCUAUAGCCAAUCCAAUCCGAUACCUACGCUCAAAUCUGAUACAAUAUUGCCUCUUUGAUAUGCCAGAGGCUAAAAUAAGGUCUCGGAUUGAUAUCUGUGUCUUUUAGUUGCAAUAUCACACAUAAAAAAGUUGUAUCUCAAUACUUUUCCAUCCUGUGUAUUUAACUUUUUUUUUUAAGCUGUAAAGUUGUUUCUUCUUCUUCUGUUUGGAUUAGCUUCAGAUGCUAAUGUUUUUGUAGGAUUUUUAUUUUUAUAAACUCGCUACGCUGCUUCUAAAAGUUUUAGGUAAUCAGAUUGUUUGUCUGUUUUAGGAUGGUUAAGGUUUUAAUCAAGUCUUUUUGUUGACCGUCAACUUUUUUUGGACUCAUCUCACUUUCAAAAAAAGUAGAAUUCUAAGAUUUAGAAAAAUACCCUAAAAUUCUCCUGGUAGGGUUAAGGUAGAGUAUCUUUACUUUUCACAAUCCAAUUUAGUUUUUCAUCAGAUUCAGCUUUUCCGCAAAUCUAACAGUGGCCUUUGUCUGUUUAAAGUGAAAAAAAUAUAUUUAACACUCAUUAGAAAUGCAUGAUACUUUUAGAGAGUUUUUCUCUUUUUAGUUGCACGAAAGUUUUCCUGUCAGGUUUUAACCAAUAGUGUACGGACUUUCUGUAACAUCAGUGACCCGAGCGUGAUGUGAGCCGCUCGGUUUAACCAUAUCACUUUUUAUCCACAAGUUGCCUGCUUAAUUAUUUAUCCGUCAUUUAAUUGUUACUCAGGUUUUUUUUUUCUUUUUUGUUCGAUCGGUACCGUGAGUUUUGACGUGGAUAUUUUUGGACACUCCUGCGAUUAUUGAUUUUCGUGCCGAUCGUCCGCCACGGUGAUGCGUUUAUAGUCGGCUGCACAAACAAGGGCACAUUGCCCACUGACUGACUCAGUACAGACCAACCACUGACUCAUGUAUGAAUACUGCAUAUGGUGAAAUAAAAGAAAUGACAGCCAAAACAAAAUUAAAAAAAAAUUAAAAAUAAUGUGAAUGAAAAGAAUGUAAGCCGACACUGUAAACGUAUUGUUUUUUUAUAGAUGUUAUAUUAUUUCUUAUGUUAAAACUUCAGAGAGGGAAAGCCUGUGUUUUAUUGAGGCGCUGCAGACUGCUCAGUUUAAACAUCGCAUGUAUUAGGAGAAUGUUUUUACACUUGACUGUUUCCUGUCUUUCAAAAAACAAAAAAAAAAAAGUGCCACAUGCCGAUGGAGACUGAUUGGUCCUGUUGUCCUCUUCUGUUUUUGCUUCGUCCAUGCAGACUUUUGUACAGUGAAGUUGUAUUUUUGUACACAGUAAUUUCUUUCAGUCAUGGCUUUGUUCUCAGAAGGUGCAUUUUGUUGUUCUGCUGGAAGACAAAAGACAAAAGACAAAACAUUUCCACCGGAUGACGCUGAAUGAAAACUGUGGCAUUUGACAGAAUAAAACAAUUUUGUUUGUGUUGAUUCCAA